GAAACAGAAUGAUGACCGAACCGAGGGUAUAUAAGGUCUGCAAAACAUUCUGAUUUCUCACUUUGCUCUUGGUCUUCGACUACUUGCAAAGCUAACCUGUGGAAAGCGAGCUCUUUGAGUUUAAACCGCUUGAGACAAACUACUGGAAAACUGAUCUUGUUGAAAAAACAAAACUACUGAAUCACUCAACUAUUGUGGGAAACCGGAGAGCUUGAACAUGUCCCUCUCUAGUCUACCUGAGGAACACCUGCUGAUGGGAGUCGCCCAGUCUGACAUCCGUGGAGGUGGUGUAAACCCCUUCAUUGAGCGUCCUGCAGAACAUGGCCUCCCUGAAGAUGAAGGUGAGUAUGAGGAAGGUGAGUAUGAGAUUGUUGUUGUAGAUGAAGAUGAGCUCUUUCUCCCCCUCUCCUUGGACGAAGAACAUGACGAUCAACUGGUGGACACCGACCAGGAUGAGGAUGAAGACACAGGUGAUGAGGACGACUGGUCUGACAGUGUCAGCGAAGAUCCCAGGUAUGACUCCCUGUCUGAAGAUGAAGAGGAUGAAGAGGUCGAUGAAGAGGAUGUUAAAGACGAUGACGAUGGCAACAUCCGACCUCGCUCCCCUCUCAUCCAGCACUUCCCACCUCCGAGCUUUUGGCAGGGAUGGGAACAAGUGUCUGCCACUGUUCCUGCUGGUGCUUUUCUCUGGCCCCGCACUUUUGAUGUUCAGCAUCAGGAGAUUCCUGCGCAGCAAGUGGAACGUGCUGAAGAUGGUUUACCCUCAGCCUCUCAAAGGUCAGAAGAGUCUGCUCCUUCAACCUCAGGCCUUGGCUCCUCCACGAAGAGGAGCAGGGAAGAGAGCGACACAGAGGAGGUAAGUAUGAAGAGGCAGAAGUGGAAUUGUGAGGACAGCCAUGACGAGUCAGCACCCUCGACUUCAGGCCUCGGCUCCUCCAGAAGCAGGGAAGACAGCUACUGGGAGUCAGCACCCCGUGCUGAAGAUGGUUUACCCUCAGCCUCUCAAAGGUCAGAAGAGUCUGCUCCUUCAACCUCAGGCCUUGGCUCCUCCACGAAGAGGAGCAGGGAAGAGAGUGACACGGUGCAGGUAAGUAUGAAGAGGCAGAAGUGGAAUUGUGAGGACAGCCAUGACGAGUCAGCGCCCUCGACUUCAGGCCUCGGCUCCUCCAGAAGCAGGGAAGACAGCUACUGGGAGUCAGCACCCUCGACUUCAGGCCUCGGCUCCUCCAGAAGCAGGGAAGACAGCUACUGGGAGUCAGCACCCUCGACUUCAGGCCUCGGCUCCUCCAGAAGCAGGGAAGACAGUUACUGGCACUCAGCACCCUCGACUUCAGGCCUCGGCUCCUCCAGAAGCAGGGAAGACAGCUACUGGGAGUCAGCACCCUCGACUUCAGGCCUCGGCUCCUCCAGAAGCAGGGAAGACAGCUACUGGGAGUCAGCACCCUCAACUUCAGGCCUCGGCUCCUCCAGAAGCAGGGAAGACAGUUACUGGCACUCAGCACCCUCGACUUCAGGCCUCGGCUCCUCCAGAAGCAGGGAAGACAGUUACUGGCACUCAGCACCCUCGACUUCAGGCCUCGGCUCCUCCAGAAGCAGGGAAGACAGCUACUGGGAGUCAGCACCCUCGACUUCAGGCCUCGGCUCCUCCAGAAGCAGGGAAGACAGCUACUGGGAGUCAGCACCCUCGACUUCAGGCCUCGGCUCCUCCAGAAGCAGGGAAGACAGCUACUGGGAGUCAGCACCCUCGACUUCAGGCCUCGGCUCCUCCAGAAGCAGGGAAGACAGUUACUGGCACUCAGCACCCUCGACUUCAGGCCUCGGCUCCUCCAGAAGCAGGGAAGACAGCUACUGGGAGUCAGCACCCUCGACUUCAGGCCUCGGCUCCUCCAGAAGCAGGGAAGACAGCUACUGGGAGUCAACACCCUCGACUUCAGGCCUCGGCUCCUCCAGAAGCAGGGAAGACAGCUACUGGGAGUCAGCACCCUCAACUUCAGGCCUCGGCUCCUCCAGAAGCAGGGAAGACAGUUACUGGCUCUCAGCACCCUUGACUUUAGGCCUCGGCUCCUCCAGAAGCAGGGAAGACAGUUACUGGCUCUCAGCACCCUUGACUUCAGGCCUCGGCUCCUCCAGAAGCAGGGAAGACAGCUACUGGGAGUCAGCACUCUCGACUUCAGGCCUCCGCUCCUCCAGAAGCAGGGAAGACAGUUACUGGCACUCAGCACCCUCGACUUCAGGCCUCGGCUCCUCCAGAAGCAGGGAAGACAGUUACUGGCACUCAGCACCCUCGACUUCAGGCCUCGGCUCCUCCAGAAGCAGGGAAGACAGCUACUGGGAGUCAGCACCCUCGACUUCAGGCCUCGGCUCCUCCAGAAGCAGGGAAGACAGCUACUGGGAGUCAGCACCCUCAACUUCAGGCCUCGGCUCCUCCAGAAGCAGGGAAGACAGCUACUGGGAGUCAGCACCCUCAACUUCAGGCCUCGGCUCCUCCAGAAGCAGGGAAGACAGUUACUGGCUCUCAGCACCCUCGACUUCAGGCCUCGGCUCCUCCAGAAGCAGGGAAGACAGCUACUGGGAGUCAGCACCCUCGACUUCAGGCCUCGGCUCCUCCAGAAGCAGGGAAGACAGCUACUGGGAGUCAGCACCCUCGACUUCAGGCCUCGGCUCCUCCAGAAGCAGGGAAGACAGCUACUGGGAGUCAGCACCCUCGACUUCAGGCCUCGGCUCCUCCAGAAGCAGGGAAGACAGCUACUGGGAGUCAGCACCCUCGACUUCAGGCCUCGGCUCCUCCAGAAGCAGGGAAGACAGCUACUGGGAGUCAGCACCCUCGACUUCAGGCCUCGGCUCCUCCAGAAGCAGGGAAGACAGCUACUGGGAGUCAGCACCCUCGACUUCAGGCCUCGGCUCCUCCAGAAGCAGGGAAGACAGCUACUGCGAGUCAGCACCCUCGACUUCAGGCCUCGGCUCCUCCAGAAGCAGGGAAGACAGCUACUGGGAGUCAGCACCCUCGACUUCAGGCCUCGGCUCCUCCAUGAAGAGGAGCAGGGAAGAGAGCGACACGGUGCAGGUAAGUACGAAGAGGCAGAAGUGGAAUUGUGAGGACAGCCAUGACGAGUCAGCACCCUCGACUUCAAGCCUCGGCUCCUCCAGAAGCAGGGAAGACAGCUACUGGGAGUCAGCACCCUCGACUUCAGGCCUCUGCUCCUCCCCAUACAGGAUAAGCCCUUUUGAUUACCUGAGAGGAACUGAAGACAGCGACUCUGAUUAGGACAGAGUUUGGGACUGUUUGCUGCAGGAUUGGAAAACAUUUGCAUCUGGCAGGGCAGAUAAAUCCUCAGCUAGCGUUUGCGUCUGGCAGUGCUAACACAGCCUAUGGCAGCAUCUUGCACCAGGGCCAUUUGUACAUAUCUGGAUGUGGGAUUCAGACACACACACACACACACACACACACACACACACGGCAGCAAGCUAUCAUGCACACACACACACACACACACACACACACACACACACACACACACACACACACACACACAUGGCAGCAAGCUACCAUGCAAGGCACUGGCCUGACCAUUGGGAGCAAUACAGGGUUCAGUGUCUUACCCAAGAGUACUUGUUCUUUCAUUUUUAAACUAAGCUGUAGAUGCCUAUACAGAAGGUAAGUUAACAAUGACAGCAUUAACUAUGCAACAAAUACUAAUUACUAACAAACAUUAAGAAAAGUCCCCAGCUAAUUAUCUUUUUUUCAUAUUCUAUUAGACUCAACAUUCAGGAUUUCCUUGACGAUAGAGAAGACGUGUUUACUCCGGACCAGAUGAGAAGGAUGGAUGACCACAGGACCAGCAGGAGAGCGGCGGCCGCCUUUCUUUCAGUCGGCUAAGACAGGACUCCUCUGUGUUUUUGGCACACCCCGGGCAGCUGAGAGUAGAAGUGAACCAACCAAUCAUCCCAGGCAGACCCAGCCCGGGGCCACAGCAGACCACUGACCCACUCUCAGUACUCUACCUGCUUCCAGGCACCAAGCCCUGUCUGAAGACACAGUGAGGACAGUUCCAUCCCGACCCCCGCCAACACCACCUUCACCUGCCAAGAGGAUGAGGACCGCCCCAGUCCGACCAGCACAGAGGACGUUGUUACCGUCUGCUUCUUCUUCUUCUGUGCUGGUGGGUCCGGGAUGCUCCUCACACACACAGGAAGCUGUCACCACAGACACUUGAGACUGAAUGAAAACAAUUCUAAAAGUAAUUAGUUCGUACAAUAUGAAAACUGUUUAUCUCUGAAUAGUGCAAUGCAAUACUGUAAGUGUAAGACAAACCUUCUAAAUAUUUGUUAUUAUGUAUACACAAUAUUAUAUACUUCCAUGUAUCAUUCAGAAAUCUGACACUGUAUAACUCUGAAAUAAAAUAUUGUGCAAAUGA